CCAACAUUCGUCACAAAAUCUCUCCACAGGCAUUCUAAAAAAUUUCAACAAAUCUUGCACGAGUUUGCGAACGAUGUAUCCUUCUGCUGACAGUGGAGUGUAUUCCAUCAAACCUCAAGGGCUCAACUUCAUGGUUCAAGUAUUUUGUGAUAUGACUUCAAAGAAUGGUGUUGGUGUGACAGAGAUUGGACAUGACAGCGAAGCAAGAACUCUUGUAGAUGGAUAUGAAGCUGCAGGUUCUUACAAAAGAAAGAUUAAAUACGACAUUUCCAUGGAGCAGAUUGUCGCGAUUAUCAACCAGUCGAAGAAUUGUGAGCAGUUUAUAAAAUAUGAAUGUUUUCAUAGCUCAUUAUUGACAUAUUCCGAUGGUUGGUGGGUAUCUCGUCAAGGUUCAAAGAUGAAUUACUGGGGUGGAGCGGCAGUCGACAGUGGAAAGUGUUCAUGUGGAAUGAACAACAGCUGUGCAAGUGGAGAAAUAUGUAAUUGUGACGAGAAUGCCUCAACAUGGCGUGAAGACAGUGGAUACCUGACAGACAAACGUACGCUGCCUGUUACUGAACUGAGAUUUGGCGAUACAUCUUAUAUAAGUGUAAUUGGCCUAGAUGAGCGUGGUUAUCACACACUGGGUAAAUUACGUUGCUGGGGAUAA